AUGAAGAUUCUUGAAGCACAAAACGCGGUUCUGACAAAUUAUGAGGUCUACAUUCAUCUCAUCGAGUCUGAGACCCGUUUCUCUUCGCGGCACAAAAAGGAGCAUAGGAGGCCGCCCAAGAAUUAUCAAGCAGUUACCAAAGAUGUCGCCAACUACUGCAGGACUUACCCCAACCCUCUGAGCCAAAAACCGCUCACCUACACCAAGGACAGCCUUGCGCAGCUCCUCGGCAGGCUGGCAGAGUUCGGCCUCGCAAAGGGCGAAGUUCUGAUGCUCGCCAACCUGCGCCCGACCGAGCUUCCGGGCUUGCACGUCUGCAUCGAGGAGAUUGCCGAGCGCUUCACCGAGGAGCAGCAGACGCAGAUCCUCGAGGCCGUCGUCGAAGUCCUGGGCGCCUUCCCGGCCUCGGAGGAGCAGGCGGAGGAGUAUGGCGACGAAGAGGUUACCGAUUCGAUUGAGAAUGGCAAUGCAUCAUGA